AUGUGGAAAAGGUUGAAGUCUAGGAAGGCCGACCCCAAGGCGGCGGAGGUCGAUGAUGGGAGGGGUCGGAGCCCCCAGCCAAAGAUCGUGGUGGACUGUGAUGAUCAACCACCACGAAGUACAGCUUGUAGUGACUUCGGAGAUCCCCUGAACAUGAGUGAUCGUUUCCCAUCUUUGAGGAGGAAGGCUUCUGUGCAAAGCAACAUAUCGGACGUCUAUGGCAACUUGAUGCCUUCAUCUUCGUCAACACUUGCUAGGCAACGCUCACAAGAUCGGCGAUCUGAUCCAUUGGGGCUCACUGUCUUGUACACACCAGAGCCAGGACAGCGCACAGUUGACAUUAUCUUUAUCCAUGGCCUUGGGGGGACGAGUCUUCGCACGUGGUGCCGGAAUAGAGAUCCAAGCUAUCUCUGGCCCAAGCACUGGCUCCCAGAUGAGACUGAUCUGUCGACGGCACGUAUCCUGACGUUUGGAUAUCAUGCGCACUUCUCCUCAAAGAAAGAGCAGACGUCUUUGACCCUCAAUGACUUCGCGAACGACCUUCUCUUCCGGAUGAAAUACGACGAGGAGACAGAGGAGCGGCUGGGACAAGUCCCAAUUGUUUUUGUGGCCCACUCUAUGGGCGGACUUGUCGUCAAGAAGGCUUACAUCCAUGGCUCAAUGAACGAUGAAUACAAGGACAUUGUCUCCAAAAUCAAAGCAGUGCUAUUCCUGUCAACACCACAUCGAGGCACCGACCUAGCAGAUAUUCUCAAUAAGAUCCUCUCCGGUUCUGUCUUUGGCCAUUCCCCCAAGGACUACGUCAACGAAUUGACGAAGAAGAGUCCCACCAUCGACGAGCUCAACGAGCAGUUCCGCCACCAUGCAUCCAAGCUGCAGAUCUUCUCCUUUUACGAGACCUUGACCACCACUGUUGGACCGCUGAAGACACUCAUCCUCGAGAAGCACUCGUCUGUGCUUGGCUACCAGCACGAGACUCCCCAGCCACUCGUCGCCAACCACCACGACGUGUGCAAAUUCAGCAGCCCGGAGGAUCCGAACUACCAAUCAGUCAAAGGAGCGAUCCGCAGUAUCGUCAAUAAGGUGCGAUGCUCGAACGAGCACAAUUGCGAGGACGAGAAGAACCUAUCGAUCCUGAGGAAAUGGCUGGGAGUCUCUAAUCGCCCGCACGACGACCUGGUAGACACCAGCGCGAACCGCAAGCCCGGCACAUGCGAAGGAUUGAUGCAGGCGCCUGAGUUUGGCAAGUGGCUCGACUCGGAGCUGCGAUGCCCACAACUGUUGUGGACGCAUGCGCCACCAGGCAGUGGGAAGACGCACCAGACUUCGUUUGUGAUUGACACUCUUGUCGAGCGGAACGCGAAGUGUGUCUACUGGUUCUUCGAGUAUCGGGACGCGCGCAAGCGAUCACUGAGGAACAUGCUGCGGUCGGUGGCGUAUCAGAUCGCAGCUCAUGACCCUACAUACCGACAGUCGCUUCUAGACAUGCAGCGAACCGGCACCAAUGUCAUGAAUGGAGAUGCCCACACAAUCUGGCGGAAUGUACUUGGUUCGAAAUUGUCCAAAUGCCAAUCUCGCAUCUACCUCGUCAUUGACGCACUAGACGAAGCGGACUCGGCUAGGACUCUGCUUGAGCUCUUUGCUGGUUUUGGUACUGUCCCACUGAGCAUUAAGAUCCUCAUCAUGAGCCGACCACUCUCAAGCAUCCGAAACUCGAUGUUGCGGCUGCAAAAGAAAGCACCGAAUGUGAUCUUCAACGAGAUGGCCUUGACCGACAAUCUGAAUGAUAUUCGCUUGGCAGUGACCGAUGAGAUGGACGAGUUUCCGGGCGACGAGGAGUUCAAACAAGACAUCAUCAAGGAGAUCGUCUCCAGGUCCGAGGGUAAUUUUCUUUGGGCUAGUCUUGUGCUGAAACGAAUCCUCCAGUGCCACCGACAAGAGGACGUACAGAGAGUUCUUCGCAGCACUCCAGACGGCAUGGAUCAGCUCUAUGAGAGGAUGGUGGAGGCAAUCGCCAGUCUUGAAUUGGAAGAAGACCGUAAUCUGUCCAAGAUCUUCCUCUCGUGGGCCAUGUACUCUGUCAGACCUGUCGGCAUGGACGAGCUCAAGGACGUCUACUCCGCAGAGCUGUCUUCCCUCAUUGACCUGAGACACACAGUUGGUCAGCUCUGUGGAGAAUUCGCUGCUCUUGAUGGCCAAGAUCGUAUCGGAUUGGUCCAUCAGACAGCGCGCGAAUACCUGAAAAACACCAAUGCGCUGCCAUUUUCAUUGGCCGCCAUUGAAGUCAAUGAAGAGCUUCUGUCUCGAUGUCUCACAUCACUCUGUGAUCCUGCUCUCAAGGGCCAGAUGAGACAGGGCAAAGCCCCUCAGUUCCUCACGUACGCUGCUGCGUCUUGGCAUAUCCAUAUGGAGCGAUCGUCCGUGGACUCGGACAGGGCCCUUCAGAUGCUGGUCAAGUUCUUCCAUGAUAGUGCACCUCUGUCAUGGAUCCAGUACCUCGCCACGAACGACCAACUGCCAUUGCUAGUCACAAUUUCCGCCUCCCUCCAAUCUUUCGUACGCCGACGCAGAAAAGCAGAUUCAGCCAAGCCCCCCACGAUGCAUCGCAUACUAGAGCUGGGCCUUUUGGAGGGUUGGGCGGUGGAUCUUGUCAAGAUGACGGGCAAAUUUGGCAACCAUCUCGCCGAAGACCCGGAGGCAAUCUACAAAUACAUUCCAUCAUUGAGCCCGCAGAACUCGGUACUCUACAGGAAGUACGCCGACAAUUCAACAUCAAGGAUCUCGGUCUCCGGGCUCUCGGGCGCUGAGUGGGAUGACUGUCUUGCAAGAGUGACUAACGGGUCUGACCCUUCGCUGCAUGUCGCUGUCUCUGCGCAACACUUGGCUGUAGCCAAUGACUCACCGAAUGGGACGAUUCGUAUAUGGAACAAUGUCAUUUUCCAGGAGGUCCAUACAUUCAGCCCUGGUGAGCCGAUAUGCUCAAUCACCUUCAGCCCGUCGGGCUCCCUUCUUGCCGUCCAUGGCCUCGACCACACCUUCAUCUGGAGGGUUGAUGACGGUUUGCUUAUGGCCAAAGUCAACAACCCUCAUCAAGAUCGUGCAGACACCCUGGCUUUCGGACCCCAGGAGAAGUUCAUCAUCAUUGCCACCAAUCUUCGCCGGGUGUAUCGACUGAACCUUGAAAGUGAGGACCAGCAACUGUCAUGGAUUGCGUUCGACGAAUCACUUCUGGAGGAGACAGCCCUCCCCGACGGAGCGUUCAUCAACUCGCCUUCGUCCCUCGCCUUCAACCCAGAUUGUACCCAGCUUGCAGUGGCAUACAAGGGCUUUCCGCUCUCCAUCUGGAGCCUCGACCCACCAGAGAUGAUAGCUCGCUGUUCAGUGCGCCGCCAAGCCCAGGGCCACACCACCAGCACGGCCUGGACCGGCGUGACCCGCGUGGUUUGGCACCCAUUCAACGGACAGGUGCUCGGCAUCUACCGCGACGGGCAGAUCUUCAAGUGGGGGCCGAUGGACGAUACACAUGAGGAGGUGAAGCAGGAGUUAGAUGCGACGCCGUCGGAGAUCACUGUGGCGCAGAACGGCCUCGUGUUUGCGACGAGCGACGUCCGCGGCACCAUCAAGAUCUACGACUUCGCGCACAUGGCGCCCAUGUACAAGCUCACCAGCGACGACAUCAUCAAGGCCGUCGCCUUCAGCCCAGACAGCCGCCGCUUCUACGACCUCCGUGGCUCGUACUGCAACGUCUGGGAGCCUAACUGCCUCAUCCGCCUCGUGGAGGGUGGGGCUGGUGGCAGUGGGGCUGAGGUUGGCAAGGACGACGACAGCAUCACUAGCUCGGAGCUCAAAGAGCGCACUGACAGCUGGAGCAUCGCGCCGACGGACAGGGAUGACUCGCGGAGCACGGUAACGUCGCUUGCUGCUUCGGAGGCCCAUGCUGACUCCCGCCCCGCCAUCACGGCUGUUACGCCUGCGCGGGAGAACCAGCGCCUGGUGCUGUAUGCCAAAGACGACGGGACCGUCGAGGUACUCGACUCUGGGCGGCAGCGAUCGCAUGUGCUUGCGCAGUCUGCGUAUGGGAUCGCCGUUGGCCCUGCUGCGCUAGCUCCGAAGGGCAACUUCGCCGCGUAUAGUCUGCUCAACGGGCGGGUGACUGUCAAGAGUGUCAAGGUGUCACUCAAGUCUGGAAAGCUCAUUGCGAAGGAGAUGCUGGUUGAGAAGUCUGAUGUCGGCCGUGGGAUCGUCAGGCAGGUCCUCUUCCACGGCGAGGCGGAGCGGCUGCUCAUCUGCGCGUCGAAGAAGCUCGAGGUUGUGUGCUUCAGCAAAGACGAUGUCAAAACGGUGACGGAGAGGGAAUUGGAUGAUACUGGGACCUUCCAGGUUGCAAGAUGGGACCACCAUCCCACCGACCCGAGCCUGUUGCUAGCGUUCACUGCUAGCAGCAUCGAGGUUUACUCCUGGGACGACGUCACGAGAGCCAAGUACACUGUUCCCAUCGACCUGUCACACGGGAAGGGAUUGAUCUCGCUGCUACCUGAGGCUUCGGGCUUGGCAAUCGAGGACAUUGUUCCCUCACCCCGAGACAAGACCCACAUGGCGAUGGUAUCAUUCGAGGAGAACAAUAACAAGGUCUUCGGCUUCAUCAUCCUCGACACCUCACCUCUGCAUGGCGACGACGCGGCAGCCGCCACGAUACUCCCCAUCGACAUUCCUGAGAAGGUUGGCCAGCGCAUUGAGCAGCCAGUGGGCUUCUUGGAGGAUGGCAGGCUCGUGUUCCUCGACGAGGCCCUGUGGGUUUGCACGACAAGGCUGGGGCCAUCAGGUGCAACCGGUGGUGAUAACGCCGGCCCAACCGUGAAGAGACACUUCUUUGUGCCGCGCGACUGGCUGAAUAGCGCGGGUAUGGCUCUGUGUCGCGUGCAACCUGAUGGUACGUUCUUGUGUCCGAGCAAGGGGGAGCUGGCGGUAGUGAAGGGUGAUCUGGGCACCGACUGGGGUGGAAUCUGA